AUUUUAAAGCUCUGUGAACAGCGCGCGAUCGACGCUUUUCUCCCAGUUUUCCUUUCUCGGAUAUUCCAUGAUUUUCAAAAGAGUUUUGAUAUCAGGAUUUUGAUGGUAGUAAUAAUCGGGUGGGUUUUGAUGUUGAGAUGUCGGAUAUGUGCUACGGUGUGGUGAGCGAAGGCGAGGAGCCGUCGACGGCAUGCAAGCCGACCUCGAGGGCUGCGAGGAGGAGGAGAAUGGAGAUUAGAAGGGUCAAAUUUGUUAUCGGCGUCACCGAACCGGAGUCGGUGGUUGCGGAGGAUAAAUUCCAUAAACGAACGAAACUAGACGACGGUGAGAACGAAACAAAAGGCGUGAUGAGAAGAAGUCACUCUAGUCCAUCGCUGUCGACACCUGUAUUGAACCCAUCGUUUAAACCCAAAUUCGGCUUUUCGUCUCUGUGCGGAAGGAGGAGAGACAUGGAGGACGCGAUAGCCAUCCAUCCGUCGUUUCACCGCCAAGGUCAGGACUCCGUCACUUCUGAUGAAUUGCACUAUUUUGGGGUCUACGAUGGACACGGUUGCUCUCAUGUGGCGAUGAGGUGCGGAGAGCGGUUACAUGAGCUGGUAAAGGAAGAGCUAGGAGGCGACAGAGAGUGUGAGUGGAGGAGCAUGAUGGAUCGAAGCUUCACGCGCAUGGACAAUGAGGUGAUAAAGUGGAAUGAAAGCGUGGUGGGGGCCAACUGCAGGUGCGAAUUACAGUCCCCUGAGUGCGACGCCGUUGGAUCUACAGCCAUCGUCGCUAUUGUAACGGCUGAUAAGAUCAUCGUUGCCAACUGCGGCGAUUCUAGGGCCGUCCUGUGUCGUAAAGGCAAGGCGGUUCCCCUAUCGUCCGAUCACAAGCCUGAUCGUCCGGACGAACUUCAACGGAUUCAAGCCGCCGGCGGCCGAGUUAUCUACUGGGAUGGUCCGCGGGUCCUCGGUGUCCUCGCCAUGUCAAGAGCUAUAGGUGAUAACUACUUGAAACCGUACGUGAGUUGCGAGCCGGAGGUGACAAUCACGGAGCGGACGCCGGAGGACGACUGCUUGAUACUAGCGAGUGACGGUUUGUGGGACGUGGUGUCUAACGAUACUGCAUGUGGGGUGGCACGGGUGUGCUUGAAGGGGAAGGGUGGUAAGAAGCAGGAGCCGUCGGUUUCACCAACAGGAAGCGAAGAGGAAGAGACGGCGGUGGGGUUUAGCGGAAGAAAGGGAGAGAUCUCGGACAAGGCGUGCACUGAAGCGUCCCUGUUGCUGACAAAGCUGGCGUUGGCACGGCACAGCACGGACAACGUUAGCGUGGUCGUGGUGGACCUUAGAAAAGCCACGUAGAAAUAGAAAAUCAUUUAUCUCCCUUUUUCAUUUUUUUUUUUUCAAUUUAGGGUUAGUGUAACGGCCUAAAAAAUUUAGGGUAAGUGUUAGUUUAUUUGAUUUGGCAAUGACAAAGUUGGGCUUUUCUUCUUUUUUUUUUUUUUUUCUCUCUCUCUCUCUCUCUCUCUCUCUCUCUCUCUGUGUUAUGUUCAUUUGGGAAACAGGGAAGAUGGUUAGGAAACACGGUCGGGAAGAUGAAAGUGGGACAGCUUUCCUUUUUCUAGUUUUCUUCCUCCGCUUCAAAAUGGUAAAUAUGGUUUUGCUAUUCAAAUUAACGAGGUCUAUGGUACAAUAGGAAUAAAUACCAUAGAUAUUA